AUGUGUCGGCCACAGGCUGUCUUUGUCCUUGUCCGUCUCCUGUGGCUCGGCGGCAUCGGCUCGACGUCGACACUGGCCAUCUUUACAGUCACGAUGGCAGUCGAUGCCCUGCUCAUCGCCCAGCUCAACAAGGUGUACGAUAUCUCCACGGGCGGCCUCUCCGAGUACUUUGCCGACGUGCUUUACCUCUCGUGGAUCGCCCUUGUCGCCGCCUCGUACUCGAUGCGUGCCUUCUGGGUCUUCAUCACCAUCCCCAUAUUUGCCUUGUACAAGCUUUGGACUUCGGUCAUUGCCCCCUUGCUCUCCUCCUCGAGCGCCCCUGUCAUCGAAGAGUCUCCCGCCGAGCGCAAGAUCCGCGAGCGGAAGGAGCGCCGCAAGGAGCGUGCCCGCAUGAAGCGCCACUAGCUGCGUAAAAUACGCCCGAUACCA